UGCGCACUUUACGCGGGGUCUGACGUCAGCGCUGGUCGGCCGUGAGGAUCCCGCGGACUGGGGUUUUGGAGCGCGAGAGAAACCUCGAGCGCGGUGUGCGGAGGAGAGAAAAGAAUACACGCACGUUCACGCACAGGCGGCGCGGCGCAGCGGAGUCACGCGGGCUGCGCUCGAGCCUCCCCCGGCGCGCGGACGGGCGACGUCGGCGCUGCGCUCAAUGGAGAGUUAAGUCAGUGAAUUCGACGACUGAGAAACGGCUUCACGGUGGCGACAGACAAGGUUGCAGGCAAGCUGAGUUCUACUCUCUCAUGGGUGAAGAACUCUGUGUCCCAGACUGUCAGUCAGAUGGCUAGCCAGGUGGCCCCUCCGUCCUCCUUGCACCCCCCCUCUACCACCUCUUCCCUACACACUCCAUCUACCUCCACCAGCCUGUCCACCCCUGCCCUCUCACCAUCCUCACCCUCUCAGCUCAGCCCAGAUGAUGUGGAGCUGCUGGCCAAGCUGGAGGAGCAGAACAGGCUCCUGGAGACAGACAGCAAGUCCCUGAAGUCCGUAAACGGUUCUCGCCGCAACAGCGGCUCCUCCCUUGUGUCCAGCUCCUCGGCUUCUUCCAACCUGUCCCAUUUGGAGGAGGACUCAUGGAUCCUGUGGGGGCGUAUUGUCAACGAGUGGGAGGAGGUGCGCAAGAAAAAGGAGAAGCAGCUCAAGGAGCUGGUCAGGAGAGGGAUUCCUCAUCACUUCCGGGCAAUAGUCUGGCAGCUGCUGUGCAAUGCUCAAAACAUGCCCAUCAAGGACCAGUACUCGGAGCUGCUGAAGAUGACAUCCCCUUGCGAGAAGCUGAUUCGCAGGGAUAUUGCCCGUACGUACCCUGAGCAUGAGUUCUUCAAGGAGAAGGAUAGUCUGGGACAGGAGGUGCUCUUCAAUGUGAUGAAGGCUUACUCGCUGGUGGAUCGAGAGGUGGGCUACUGCCAGGGUAGUGCCUUCAUCGUGGGACUGCUGCUCAUGCAGAUGCCUGAAGAAGAGGCCUUCUGUGUCUUUGUGAAGCUGAUGCAAGAUUACAGACUUCGGGAACUUUUCAAGCCCAGCAUGGCAGAGCUGGGUCUCUGUAUGUACCAGUUUGAGAGCAUGAUACAGGAGCAGCUUCCGGAGCUCCACAUGCACUUCCAGGCUCAAAGUUUCCACACCUCAAUGUAUGCCUCCUCUUGGUUCCUCACAAUCUUCCUUACCUCCUUUCCUCUUCCCAUCGCCACCCGGAUCUUUGACAUAUUCAUGUGUGAGGGCCUGGAAAUUGUGUUCAGAGUAGGGCUGGCGAUUCUCCAGAUGAACCAGGCUGAACUCAUGCAGCUUGACAUGGAAGGGAUGCUGCAGCAUUUCCAGAAGGUCAUACCGCAUCAACUGGACAGUGGCCCUGACAAGGUCAUCCAGACUGCGUACCAGGUCAAGUACAAUGCAAAGAAAAUGAAGAAGUUAGAAAAGGAGUACACUACAAUCAAAACCAAGGAGAUGGAAGAGCAGGUAGAGAUCAAGAGGCUGCGCACAGAGAACAGACUUCUGAAGCAGAGGAUUGACACUCUGGAGAAAGAAAGUGCUUCCUUGGCAGAUAGAUUGAUCCAGGGGCAAGUGACACGAGCCCAGGAAGCAGAGGAGAACUACCUGAUAAAGCGGGAGCUUGCCACGGUCAGGCAACAGAGUGAGGAGGCCAGUGCCCAGCUGGAGCAGGCCCAAGGCACCAUCCGAGACCUCCAGCAACACCAGCAGUUGCAAGGGCCCAAGGUGAUCCCACGGUACACCGAGGAGUUCAUCCUGCAGCUGGAGCGUGAGCUUGUGCAAGUCCGGCUGAAGGAGGCCGAGUCUCAGAGCGCUCUUAAGGAGAUGCAGGACAAGAUCCUAGACAUGGAAAAGAGGAACACGGCCCUUCCGGAUGAGAACAACGUGGCGCGCCUACAGGAGGAGCUGAUUGGAGUGAAGUUGCGGGAAGCAGAGGCUGUGAUGGGUUUGAAGGAGCUCCGGCAGCAGGUGCGAGACCUGGAGGAGCACUGGCAGAAGCACCUUGCACGAACAACAGUCCGCUGGAAGGAGAGCCCCAGGAAGAACACAGUAUGUGAGCUGCAGGACGAGUUGAUGAGUGUGCGGCUACGUGAAGCUGAGGCCCAAGCUGAGCUCCGGGAAAUGCGCCAGAGGAUGCUGGAGCUGGAAACGCAGAACCAGAUCCAGAGCAACCAGCUGCGUCGGGCGGAGCAGGAGAACCGCAACUUGCAGGAGCGACUGCAGCUGCUUAUGGCACAGAACAAAGGCCUACAGGUGCAGUUGCAGGAGAUCAAGCGCAAGCAGGCCGAGAUAGAGUGCAAGAACAAGGAGGAGGUGAUGGCAGUGCGACUACGUGAGGCUGAUAACAUGGCGGCCAUGGCGGAACUGCAGCAACACAUCGCCGAGCUGGAGAUCCAGAAGGAAGAAGGAAAGGUUCAGGGCCAGCUGAACCACUCAGACUCCAGCCAGUACAUUCGUGAGCUCAAGGAGCAGAUAGCAGAGCUGAAGCAUGAGAUCCAGUGCUUGAGAGGCCGGAGGGGCUUGUCUGGCCAGCCCACUUUUGACGGCAUCCACAUUGUCAACCACUACGUCGGGGACGAUGACUCGUACCACUCCUCGGACGAGGACAUGGGCAAGGACCCAUCAAUCACCGUACCCUCAUCAUUUGGGCAGAGGCAGGAGGCCCGGCGGAUAGUGCUACACCCAAACCUGGUUGAAAGUGACAGUGAUGGAGAAGAGGAUGGCCUGCGCCUUUCUCUCCCCUCUGAAGCACUCAACAGUCACAAGACCACCACUGUGUAACUGCCAGCAGAGCAAUGCUUCCACGCUGACCACCAAGGGAGGGGCUUUUAAUUCUCUGCCUGUCAGUGGGUCUUCAGUUGCUUUUUCCCCCAGUUAUAACACUUCCUUCCUACAGAAGGCUGCAUUGAAUUUCAAGGAAAGUAAAAACUGGUUGUUUUAAACCUAGGGGAGUAACCUGAGGCUACAUCAGACUUACAUUGUCUUAACUUGUUCUUGUCUGCCUUACUCUGGCCAAAAGAGCUGUACCAUCCUGUAGAGUCAAUGUGAUGGCGCACAGAGGCUCAUAAUUUUAAAACUCAGGCUUCCUGUAACCUUAAGUCUGAGAGACGGCCUAAGCAGAGGUCCUCCAAGGUACAAGAAGAGAGACUGUGCAAUAUUUGGUUUUGCUUUUUUUGUCUCUUGACUGGGGAACUAUUAAGGGCACAAGGCAUCAGCACGCUUGAGGUAAAGAAGAAAAAAAAUGUUAAAGCAGAGAUCAAAAGAGCGAAUGGCUAAGCGUCAUUAAAGCAGUGGUCCUCUUUAGUUUGAUCGUUCAUGUCAUGCAUAAGUCGAAAACCAACAUUUGCGUUUAUGACAGAUGCAGGUCUAGUAGGUGUGUGUGCAUGUGUGUCAUUCUUCUUUUGGCAGGUCAGAUGGUCUGUUAGGGCCUGUGUGUAUUACUUGCAUAUGAACAUGUCUUUCAAUACGUUUCCAUAUCUUUAUGUUGACUUGAAGAUAGAAUGCCUUUGUUUCAAAUGGUUUGCAGUUUGUCUGUUGUACAAAUCGAUGUAAAGGGACAUUUCAUUCCGUAAUGUGACCCGUUUUAGUGCAGAACGGUUGGCAUGUAGCAAGCCACAUUGUGAACUUUUAUUAUUUAUACUUCUAAUUACUAGUGAAUGAGGGAGUAACUAUAUGUUGAAGCAUAUGUACAUAUGCAUUAUGUAUUUACGCAACUGUCUGGAAGCAGAUUAACAGAUAAACAUGGGUGAUCAUUGAUAUGUUGUAAUGAAUGAGGUACCAACUUAACUAAUUCUUCAUUGUUUAGCCAUUCCCUCCAGUCAUGGUUCUCUUUACAGCAAUAAUCAGUUAAAGCAGGUAGCUUGAAGAGAAUGUAAUCAAGUUCCAAGUGAAGCAAUACCUGUUGCAAAAUGGUAGUCUGUGAGAUGUUUUUAAUUCUCUUUUCUUAACAAAUUCCCUGUUUGGUUGCACAACUGAAAAAAAAAAACGGCAAAAAUCACCACCAACUUUUAAAAUCGCAGACAUCCCAGUCUGUCCUUUUACAUGUGUUAUCAGCAAAAUGGACACCUUCAGUUUCUCUGUACGUCUGUUUCCAGUGAAGGAGGCUGACCUGCCAUGGGCACCAACACAUUAUUUGUAUGCAUGCCUAAUGUUGAAGGAGGAG